UGUGGUUUUAAACGAUCCCCCGGUGGAAAAAAACACAAAAGAAAAUAGGAAGAAUAGCGGCUAGCAACGGCAGCAUUUGGAUGAAGUCUCUAUCUAACGAGAAUCACCUGUACAAAUAAGAAGAAAAAAGGAACAUAACAAAACGUGUCUAUGAAACUGUUCAAGGAAUUGGUUUGCCGCUAAUCGACAUGAUGAGUGCGUUCGAAAAUGUGCAUCGAUCGGGUGAUCGAAAGUGUCGGUAAAAAUUUACUUCAACAACCUCAACUACAAAGCUAGUGAACACCUACGCGUGUGUGUGUGGGGAAGAAAAGUCCAGAAAAAUUGUGUCAAAUUGAAUUUUAAAGUGUUCGUCAGAAUUCCAAAAUUAUUGUUAUCAAAAGUGCAGCGAAAGUGUGUGUGAGUGUGUGAGAAUAUUAGUGGUUUAGCAAGUGGUGUCUCGCUGUAACCUUCCCCCGGUAGAACGAGUUUAUCGAGGGAAUCGACCAACCAGUUCCGCCCCAGUUCCCGGUGACCUUCGAGGAGUGACAACAUGAAAUGGAAAAAUAAGGAGCCAAAACAGUCGAUAUCCAGCGUCACAUCGAUGUCCUUCCUGUCCGACGAGAACCUCACGUUUCACCGCUUCUCCGAUGGGACCAUCACGUUCACCUCCGAGCGCAAGAAAUCGAUGGAAAACGCUCUGAACGGUGGCGGUGCGCCAACGACGAUGACCAUGGCCACCGGUGGUCUCCCCAAGCCCGACCCGGCCGCCCACGGUGGCCCCGGUACCGCCCGCACCCUCGAACGCACCCGCAAGCACUCGUACACGCAGGCCACGACCGGCGGAUCGUCUCCCAUCUGGACGACGAACGCGUCCUUCAACAACUACACGACCAACACGAUCACCAACAGCAACCGCCGGCAGCACCGCACCUCCGGCGGUCGCCCCGGUCCGGCCGGGGUGACGGACAUCCCGGACUCGGGCACCACCGGCGCCGGUCCAACAACGACCGCCGGCAUUCCGACGCUCGGCGAUCUGCGCUACCUGUCCACGCCGUCGUCCAACCCGAACAACUCGAGCGUGAUCCAGAACGGGUCGACCGUGAAGCUCAUCUCCACCAAAGCCAGCGCCAACACCGUGGCCGCGAGCGACGAUCAGACGAACAAGCAGUCAAGAUCAUCCAUAUUCCGCGGUGUGAUACUGUGCCUCUGCCUGAACCUCACCUUCGCCAACGUGGUCCGGUUCCCGCGGGAGCUGCAGCAGUACGGGUCGGCCUUCCUCGUGCCGUACGUUAUCCUGCUCCUCCUCGUCGGCCUCCCGGUGGUGCUGCUCGAGAUCUCGCUGGGGCAGUUUCUCGGCCAGGGCUCGGCGCACAUGUGGCGCGCUGCCCCCUUUCUCAAGGGUGCUAGUCUAGUAGGACGUAUUGCUUCGUGGCUGGCGGCAAUAUGGACAUCGAUGCAAUCCGUGAUUGCACUGCUCUACAUCGGAAUGCUCGCAUUCAAAUCUGUGCCAUUGCGGGAGUGCUCCAAAACGGUUACGAUCAACCCGCAAGCCAUCUAUAAUGGAUAUGACGUACAGCAAAGCACUGGACAGGAGUGUUUGAAAUUAACAUUCCUACGUCCCGUGUGGAGGAGUUCCCUGUACUUUGGCUUGCUGGCGCUCAGCUUGAUACUGCUGUGGGUCAUCUCUAUGGUCUGCACACACAGUGGCAAGAUCAAUCGCCGUUCGAUCUACCUGUUCGGGUUCGUGGCGCUGUCGCUGCUCAUCUUCGAGACCGGCUGGGAGGUGACGAAGGCCAUCAACGAGCAGUACCUCCCGGAGCUCUGGCCCUUCCAUCCGGAAUCGUUCGCCGACAGCACGGUCUGGUUUAACGCACUGGUGCAGGUGAUCUACUCGCUCAACAUCGGUUUCGGGGCCGUGCCGGUUCUCACCGGGAAAUUCCUCUACAAAGGUGAUGCCAUCAAGACAUCAUUCGUGUACAUAUUCUUCAACAUCCUCAUCACGGCGAUCUCGGUGGUGUUCUACCUGUUCCAGUACCGCAACAACUUCACCGAGCAGAACCCAUUCUAUCCGGAGCUGAGCACCCUCACGGUCAUCUACGACCGGGCCAUCACGGUGCAGGAGGCGGACCCGACGGUCCAGCGGCUCAUACCGGCGCUCUCGUACGCGAUGAUCUUCGUGUCGUCCCUCGUCUCGAUCGCCGUGUACGUCUAUACCUCGACGCGGAUCAUCCGCAAGCAUCCGAACUACACCGUCUGCUUGGCGGGGCUGGUAGUCGCGAUCGCCGGCCUGCUCUGCCCGAACUACAUCUUCCCGCGCAUCCUGGACACACGCAUCGUCGGCUCGCUGGCCGUGUGCGCCAUGAUCUUCGAGAUCAUCCUCAUCAUUUGGGUGUACGGCUCGAAGAAUCUCUACACCGACCUGGAGUUCUCGCUAGGGCGGCCCGUGCUCAAGGCGUGGCUGUUCAUCUGGGGCUUCAUCCCGGUGCUGCUGAUGGCGCUGCUAUGUUGGUGGGCGAUCACAUACUACGACACCGAUCUGCUGAUCGACUACUUCCCGAAGUGGUUACCGGUCGUGUUCAGCUUGACGGUGAUCGUGCUGCUGGCGUGCGUCGAGAUCGGCAAGCAGGUUGACUAUAACCUGUGCAGCAUGAUCCACGGUGCGACGAAGCCCUCGAAGGACUGGGGCCCGGCCGAUCCGCUCGUGCGCCACGCCUGGAAGCAGUGGAAGUCGGUGUGCGAGGACACGGGCGAGCGGGACUUUACGCUCCGCCGGCGCGGUACCAAGGACUACACGAACUCAAUCAAGAAGGGCCAGUACUCGCACUCGCACAAGUACGGGGCGUCCUCGAACCGGAACCUCUCGACGGCCGGCAGUAACUCGCCGAAUUACAGUGGCUCCGUGUUUGGCGAUUCCGCCAUCGAGGAGGACAUGAGCGUGGAGAAGUAUCCGCACUACAAGCACGGAAAUAACACGACCACCACCACCGUUGUGGGUGGACAGUAUGGCAUGAUGGACACACCACCGCCAGCCCGGGCCGACACAACGACCACCAUUACCACUACCACCACGACACCCUCCAUGGACGAGGGUGACGAUCAGUCGACACCCCGCAUCUCGGCCAACUCCCGCAAAACGUCCCGCGCGGCCGACCACGAACGUAAACGAUCGUCGGUCGGUGAUCGCAACGGACCGACGGAUCUGCUCGGUCCGGGCACACGCAAAAUUUCCGACCACAGUUUCUCCUCGCGCAUCGAAAUCAUGCCCACCGAUGCGGACGCGUUCGGGCGUGGAACCGCUAUCGUGCGCAACCCGCUUGCCAAAGCCCACAGCCAGAACCACCAUCAGCAGAGGCACUAUCACAUGAACCACCACCCGGCAGGGAAUGGCACCGUCGGAAUGGUGGUGCCGGUACACGGCCCACCCAAACCGCACCAACCGGUGUCCUACCAGCAGGACCAUGGAUCCUACAAUCGGGACAUUUUCAUCAGCAAUGGGCACGCGGCACCGCCGAACGGUGACCACAUUUGCUGGCGCAAGUUUUCCAUCAACUCCGAGGAAUACUCGACGGAACUGUAAACUGUGCUGCGCGGAGGGAAAGGUUUUUCAUUCUUUUUUGUUGUAAAUAUUAGACGCAAGGGUUCUAGCCAAACACACAAAACAAAAAAAACAAACCCUACCCUUACGGAUCUUGGGAACUGAUUUCAAAUGGACACACGUGUUGGAGAGAUCGAAACGUUGGCAAUAUUCCGCGCCAGGGGAAUAUUAUAGGGACUAUAUUUAUAUUGGAGAGAAUCCACUUUUCUGUGAAUCUAGGGUUAGCUUAAUGUGCAUGUGUUAAUUGGACACACUGCUCGAUGCCACGCGGGUGUGUAAAGCGUCGGACGCGUGUCACUGUCAGAACGUGUUGAAAGAAAGUCUAACCGGAAAGCCACAACCACAUUCGCCUGCACGGCGAUGCGAAAACGAUAGGACGCUUAAAACGCGUUAAUUUGUUGCUGUUGUUGUUCCGUUUAGAUACCUUCGUAGAUAUUAACAAGAGAGGGCAUCUGUUCGUUAUAUUCGUUACCAAUCCGUUACGACCGGAAAAUACACAUUCCGUUUGCUUCUUCCGCUCGUCUUUGUUUGAAGGAAGAGGGAAUCUACCGCGUCUGUUUGACUGUAGAGAAGCGUGUAGGGUAAAAGUUGGCCAGAGAAGGAUUGUGCCGCUUCACCAAUUGGGUCCACAUUUCCGGGACCGGAACUGAGAAGCACACAGUUUAGCGAGGAGCGGGCAUAGGCCGCACAUGGUUCGUGAUUUGUUAUUGUGCGCCACGUUGGGCUGGUUACGAAAGGGUGGGCAACAAAAUAAAAAAAAACGGGAAUGUAUAAAACUUCGACACAGGCAUUAUUAACGAGGUAGUAGUAGGCGAUUGCUUAGUAGUUAGCAUCCGUCGAAGUAGGCGGAUGGUUUAGGUCCCGGAAUCCGAAGCCUACUACUUGAUGCAGCCGGAACGUUUAUCUACUCGUAAGCACUGUACAUAGGGGAAUACCCACUCUGGCAAACGAUCGAUGGUAAUAAAAAUGGUUACUUACUAAUUGAAA